UUUUACGCACAUGAAGAACCGACACAUGAGUCCAGUCUAACAUGAUCUUUUUGUGCUGUAAGAUUUUCUGUGUGUUGUAACUUUUUUCUUUGGCUGGGAAAAAUCUGGGGGCUGAACCAGGAGCCUGGGGAUCGAGUUACACUCUGAGGCCAGUUUUUUUCCUCCUCCAUCUGAAAAGUGGGGGAUGGUGAUGAAGCCAUUCUGUACUUUCUUUGCAUUCUUUCUGAACGUCUUUCCGACGUGUUAUAGAUAUAGAUUUUGUUUGUUUGUUUGUUUGUUUUAUAUGUCAUAUUAUUUCUUAUUUUGCGCACUGAAAUGAAGCGCAGCUUGUGCGCCGAAAUGGAAUGUUUAGACUGCGGAAUAUAAGCAAGAAGGAGAAGAAGAAACUACAUGAAGUUGUGAGGACAAAAAAAAAAAUCCGCUAUUAUGUGUCCGAUCCUCGAACCAUGAGCUCGGGUUUGAUCUCGGAAACACUUUUGGUCGCAGGAAACUUUCACUGGCACCAAUAAAAUCAUCCGAAAUAAAAAAAAAAAGGAUCUUUUUUUUUAUUUCUAUUUUUUUGUCGCUCUCCAAAAUGUCCUCCAGCUCCAUUGUCGGGAUGCUUUGGGUUUGUGUUGGGACCCUGAUGGUCAGCCAGGCCGUGAUGUUACACAAAAAUGAAACAAUCUUCAACGAUUUUUGCAAGAAAACGACGACGUGUGAAGUGUUGAAGUACAAUACGUGUCUCGGGACGCCGUUACCGUACACGCACACGUCUCUGGUGCUGGCUGAAGACUCGGAGACGCAAGAAGAAGCUUUGGAGAAACUGGUCAUGUGGUCUGGGUUAAAAAAUGCUCCUCGGUGCUGGGCGGUCAUUCAGCCUUUACUGUGUGCUGUUUACAUGCCUAAGUGUGAGAAUGGAAAAGUGGAACUUCCCAGCCAGACCCUGUGCCAGGCGACCCGCCAACCCUGCAGUAUAGUGGAGCGGGAGCGAGGGUGGCCCAGCUUUCUCAAGUGCGAGAAUACGGAUAAGUUUCCUCUUGGUUGCCAGAAUGAGGUACAGAAAAUCAAAUUCAAUACAUCAGGACAGUGCGAGGCGCCUCUAGUGAAAACCGACAUCCAGACCAGCUGGUACAAGGACGUGGAAGGCUGUGGCAUUCAGUGCGACAAUCCGCUCUUCACGGAGGAGGAACACUCGGACAUGCACGGCUACAUCGCCGCCUUCGGAUCGGUCACCCUGCUGUUCACUUUCUUCACAUUGGCAACGUUUCUUGCAGACUGGAAAAAUUCCAACCGCUACCCAGCCGUAAUCCUAUUUUACGUCAACGCCUGCUUCUUUGUUGGUAGCAUCGGGUGGCUCGCCCAAUUCAUGGACGGCGCUCGCAAAGAGAUCGUGUGCAAAAGUGACAACACCAUGCGGCUCGGCGAGCCUUCGUCGACAGAGACGCUUUCGUGUGUUAUCAUCUUCAUCAUCGUGUACUACUCCUUGAUGUCAGGUGUCAUCUGGUUUGUUAUGCUGACUUACGCCUGGCACACGUCUUUCAAAGCUCUUGGCACUACGCACCAACCUCUGUCUGGAAAGACAUCCUACUUCCACCUUGUCACAUGGUCCAUCCCGUUUAUCCUCACAGUGGCUAUUCUGGCUAUCGCACAGGUCGAUGGAGACUCCGUUAGUGGAAUCUGCUUUGUCGGCUACAAAAACUACAGAUAUCGCGCUGGGUUUGUUCUGGCUCCGAUCGGUGUGGUACUCGCUAUCGGUGGCUAUUUCCUUGUUAGAGGUGUCAUGACUUUAUUUUCCAUCAAAAGUAACCAUCCAGGACUGCUGAGUGAAAAAGCAGCAAGUAAAAUCAAUGCGACGAUGCUGAGACUUGGCAUAUUUGGUUUUCUAGCUUUUUGUUUUGUUUUCAUCACAUUUGGAUGCCAUUUCUAUGAGUUCUUCAACCAGGCAGAGUGGGAAAGGAGCUUUCGGGAAUUUGUGCUAUGUGAAGCUAAUGUGACCAUAGCUCAGCAGACCAAGAAGAAGGUCCCAGAAUGCAUCAUUAAAAAUCGGCCCAGUCUGAUGGUGGGGAAGAUUAACUUGUUCUCUAUGUUCGGUACCGGCAUUGCCAUGAGCACAUGGGUGUGGACCAAAGCCACUAUUCUCAUUUGGAAGCGCACCUGGUGUAGGAUAAUUGGACGGAGUGACGAUGAACCGAAGCGCAUCAAGAAGAGCAAGAUGAUAGCCAAAGCAUUCUCCAAGAGAAAGGAACUCCAAAUGGACCCGGAAAAAGAAUUGUCCUUCAGCAUGCACACAGUCUCCCAUGAAGGGCCUGUGGCGGGUAUAAACUUCGAUCUGAAUGAGCCGUCCAUGGAAAUGUCCUCUGCAUGGGCCCAGCACGUGACAAAGAUGGUGGCACGAAGAGGUGCCAUUUUACCUCAGGACAUCUCGGUUACUCCCACUGGGACACCUGUGCCACCUCCAGAAGAACGAAACAAACUCUGGAUGGUCGAAGCCGAUAUCUCUCCCGAGAUGAUAAAACGUAAGAAGAAAAAGAAGAAGAGGAAGAAGGAGGUGCGUACAGUAGCGCCUGCUGAAGAGGACGUUAAUCCCCGGCACAGAGAGUUCGGUCCCAGCGCUGUCCCUCGUCUCCCCAAGCUCCCAGCGCAUCGCAGUCUUGUGGCUAACCUGUGGGAGCGUCAACGGCAGCAAGAGGAGAACGUCCUUCCAGGCUCCUUCUCAGAAUUCCGUCCUUCCUGUCCCAUUCCGUACCAUGAAAGAUACGUUGGGCUUGGCCAUGUUUCAUCCAGUCAGCGCAGCAGGGAGCCUGGAUUUAACCCCUCCAACCCGCUGACGCUAAGCCAGUAUGAGGGACGAGGUCAGUUUAAACAACCGGCCUGGCAGUCUAAUGGAUCUAACAAAAUGUUCCUCUAUUCUGGGCAGGAGAUGCCUUCAUCAGUGGGUGCUGGCAGGACAGGCUUUACAACGCCUAGGUCAGAGGGCAAGAAACAGGUGAUCGCACCAAUCCACUCCAGAACCAAUCUUAUGGAGGCAGAACUGAUGGACGCUGACUCUGAUUUUUGACAUUGUCCUGUAUUUUGUUGCUUGGUCCAAAAGUGCUGGAUACUUUGCACCACAAAUUGUUAGAAACAUGUAAGGCAGGGUUCCUGUCACUGGUCCGUGGGGCAUGUUUGUGUGGGUAGCGCCAUAACUCUUUCUUUAAUGUCAUGAUAGAAUAGGCACCGAAAGGCUCUAUCUGAAUUCGACAGUGCUAAGCUAUAAAAUUCUCUGACGCUCGUUGGCCUUCAAAUCUCAGCUGUGUGUGUUGGGUAAUUUCGAGUGUGCGUCGACGUAUGGAGAGAUGAAGCUGACAAAGCUUUGACUCUUUGACUGAAAAAUCAAGAACAAGAAAAUUGGACCGUCUUCACAACGUUUUCAUAAAUGGUAUGCUAUAGUUCUCGAGUGAGGUCAGUCAAAGUAUUGCUAAUUUAAAAUGAUACGCAUGCUAAUAUUAUGAGGAACGAAGGACUGGUUGUUGUUUGUGUGAAAUGCUUGACAGCUUUGGAAAUCUGUACAAGUAAACCAGCUAGUUGUAGGUUUGUACAAGCCACCUUGGGCAAGUUUUGCUUAAGCAGCAUGAAAGGACAAGGUACCACCUUUAUAUUUAUAGCAUGCACCAACAGUGGCUGCUAAAUUUAGAUUUGCUCAUUUGGCUGAAGCUUUUCUAUAAAGUAACUUAGACUUUUAAUCACACCUUUCAAUCAGUAGCCCAAACCCUUAACCACUAUUUCCCUUCAUGUGCCAUUGGCAUUAGUUUUCUUGCCUCACUGUUGAACUAUAUGGAAAUUUAAACAUUACGUAAUGAACCUCAUGAGAUACACCACCAACAAGACCGGACUGAUCUCAGUAGCUCUGCUUCAUCCACAUGCUGCACUGUUUCUCAGACCUGGCUCUAAACAAACAAUAGUGUUAGUACUUUGUUACAAAGAGAAAGUGUAUUCAUAAAUAUUGUUAUUAUCUGUACUUUCGUAUGAGGUUGCCUGGUGCAAUUACGAACAGUUUUCUUCAUAGACGUAGGCCAUGUCAAAGCGAGGGCAUUUUUAAUGAACUGUCUGAAGAAGGUUUAAAAUGCUGUUAUCGAAAUAGUGUGUUUGUUCUCUUCCGUUCGAUAUGAUUGCUGUACAGUUUUAUCAAAAAGGCUAUUUUUGUACUUUAGCUUGUAGUUUCUUUCACCUGUAUCGUAAACCAUUGUACAUAUUUCA